GGAAAGAGAGAAAUAGAGAGUGAAGGUUAACUUUAAUUUCGCAGCUUCAUAGCAAUUAUCGCCGAAAAAUCCAAACUUUCACCUCCUAUUCCUACGUUUAUGAUUUCCCAAACAUCUAUCUACACUAACUCUACCCAAUUUCUCAGUUCCAGGUGAGAAAGAACGGUGUUUUUUCAUAUUACAGGAGUAUUUGAAUUGAGGAGGGAGGGUAAUGGUUUGUGGAGACAGUGUAAAUUCUGCAAGCUUAGAAUCCUCUCUCCAGUUUUUUUCAAUGAAAACAUAGUGUGGUGCUGUUGGAGGUUUCUUUUCUCAAAGCUUGCAUGUAGCACCGUUUAUUUUUUAUUGAUCAGUUGAAGAGUGGGAAAAAUCUCAAGCUAAAGAAACAUAUUGGGAAGCUGGAACGAUGGGUUCUGUUUGUUGUUGUUUGAGUUCUGACAAUUUUGAAGAUUAUGUAAAUCCAAGUAGUUCUGUAUAUAGGAACUGCGUGUGUCUCAGUUGCUUCGUACAGAACCUUUUAAAUGUGUAUGCAUCAAUAUUCCGAAGAGGGGAAGUGCAUUCAAUUCCUUCAUCUAUUCAGGGGCCAGCAUCUAUGGGUUCUGCUGCAUCACUUGAUAAUUCUCUGUCUGACAUGUAUCGAUCUCCUCCAAGGCCCUUACCUUAUGAUGCAGAACCCAGAUAUUUCCGCUCGCCACGUGAUGGACUAGUUUCAAGGCGUGAGAAGGGUUCAAGUCAUUCGAAUGAGGAAACAGAACCUCUAAGAAGUGAUGUAGAUGUGGAUCCAGAAUCUUUAAAUUCAGGAGACAAAUGGAAUGAAAGUUCCUGUGAAGAUGGAUCAAAGGAAUACCGUUCUAAGUCCUCACUAAGACUUCCAUCAUCAAAAUAUGCAACUGGAGUUGGGCUCAUAUAUUCAUCAUCAGAAGAGGAGGAUAUCUGUCCAACCUGUCUUGAAGAAUACACUAAAGAGAAUCCAAAGAUAAUGACAAAAUGCUCUCAUCAUUUUCACCUUGGUUGCAUUUAUGAAUGGAUGGAAAGAAGUGACAACUGUCCAGUUUGUGGAAAGGUGAUGGUAUUCGAUGAAACGGCUUACUCUUGAUUAAAAGGUUUGUGUCGUGGAGGGGCAACCGAGGAAAGGAAGAAUAUAAGUAUAGACAUUGUGAAUACUGCUGAUUUAAAUGCUUGUCAUGUAUAGUAAGUAUGCAAAGUUUUCUUAACCAUUGUUGAGAGUUCAAUCUCAUCCCAGUUUUUUUUUUAUUUAAAAAUUUCGACUUGUCCGAAACUAAAGAAAAAAAGAAUAUGCAAUUUUAGAUGGACACUUUUU